ACUAGAUGCCAAAAGGUUUUUUUCUUCAUUGCGCUGGGAUCCCUGUACAUAGAAGAAGGUUUGGUCUGGUUUUCCUAUCCAAGCUAUACACCUAUACACCUACCUCCCUUUCCCUUCCAAACAGAUAAACUAACAAGGAUACAGCUUUACAUCAUCAGUGGCCUGAGUAUGUUCAGCAGAAGACGCUAUAUCCCAGAAGAUGAGGACGGAAGUGAUAGAAGGCAAUAACACCAAACCUAGUGCUCCUCUCCUGGCCCAACGAUACCCAAGAAUGGUCACGAAAGAUGGGCACAGCACUCUCCAGAUGGAGGGUGCUCAUGGGAAAGGCCUUGUAUACCUGAAGGAUGCUUGGGGAAUCUUAAUGGACAUGCGUUGGAGAUGGAUGAUGCUAGUAUUUUCUGCUUCUUUUGUCCUCCACUGGCUGGUCUUUGCCGUUCUGUGGUAUUUACUAGCAGAGAUGAACGGGGAUCUGGAAAUUGAUCAUGACUCACCACCUGAAAACCACACCAUUUGCGUAAAGUACAUCACCAGCUUUACAGCUGCAUUUUCGUUCUCACUGGAGACACAGCUCACUAUUGGUUAUGGCACAAUGUUCCCAAGUGGAGACUGCCCAAGUGCAAUUGCUCUGCUGGCUAUACAGAUGGUGCUGGGACUUAUGCUGGAGGCUUUCAUCACAGGUGCAUUUGUAGCAAAAAUUGCCCGCCCAAAGAACCGAGCUCUGUCUAUCAGGUUCACUUAUUCUGCAGUAGUUACACACAGAGAAGGAAAGCCAUACCUAAUGUUCCAAGUAGCUAAUACUCGCCCAAGUCCACUCACCAGUGUUCGGAUUUCUGCAGUGCUUUAUGAAGAACGGGAAAAUGGUCAAUUGUAUCAAACAAGUGUGGAUUUUCAUCUGGACAGCAUCACUUCUGAAGAAUGCCCAUUCUUCAUUUUUCCCUUAACCUAUUACCACUCUAUAACUCCAUCGAGCCCUCUAGCUAUUCUCCUACAAAGGGAGGCUCAUCAUCAUUUUGAACUAGUAGUCUUCCUUUCAGCCACGCAGGAAGGCACAGGAGAAACAUGUCAAAGGAGGACAUCCUACCUACCAUCUGAGAUCAUGUUACACCACCACUUUGCCUCCAUGUUAGCUCGAGGCUCCAAAGGGGAAUAUCAAAUCAAGAUGGAAAAUUUUGAUAAGACAGUCCCAGAGCUUCCAGCUGCAGACUCCAAAAGUUUCAAGAGGACUGAUAUGGAGAUCCGCAUCAAUGGACAGCAUAUUGAUAACUUCCAGAUUUGUGAUACUCGUCUGACAGACUAGACUUUGAAAGUGGUAUUUUUCUUUUUCAUUGGACUAGAGUACCAUGUCAAUGUUUUCUUUUUCCUCCCCAUUUCCUCAUAUUCUUUUUCCCCCUCUGAAUAAUUUUGACUUCAGAAAUGUGUGCAGAAUAAAAAGCAUAGUGUGUUCAUGGUGAUGAGACACUGGAUUAACUGCACAAAAACAGUCAGGGACAAUCAGCACUACAAAAAUUCUGGGAAAACAGAAAUGCUACCUGCUGAAUUCAGUCGAUUAUGAUUAAAACUGCACUGACCCUGAAACAAAAGACUUUGACUCACAGUUUGGCAAAAAUCUAAAGAACAGGAGAGUAAAAACUGUAGCAAAAUGGACAAAACUUUAGUCAACUAUCUCAACUAAGAAGAAUUUUCACCUGGAAAGCUCAAGAACCCUCAGAUUCUUUGAAUUAGUUAUGUCUUGCUAUACAGUUACAAGAGAAUAUGCUGAUGUCUAAACAUGCCAUGAAGAAUGUUGCUAGUAUUUUCUGUGGCAAUGAAAUUGCAAGCCUGCUGUGCUUGUUUAUUAAGAAAAAUCACAAGCAUUUGCUGAAGCAUUAGUUCCAGCGGCUAAGAACAAGUUCAACAUCCGUAGGCAUUUCUGGGUUGAAAGUGAAUGACAAGAAUCCUGAUAUGUAUUAGACUCUUUAACACUCUGAACCUGGACUCUUCUCACAAUUAAAAAUAAUCAAUAUGUUUAGAAGAAGAAAUAAAUUGAUUUGUAAUUCUCUUGUUGGGGACAACCUCAUGUAUCGGCUGUGAUGCAACCUACAGUCCUGAUAUCAGAAGGAUACACUGAUGAGCAGAUAUUCUGUUUAAGUAAUACAAAUAUAAACUUGUGACUCUAAAUUAUCUAUACAAACAUGAAGUCUAAUAUGAGGCUUUGAACUCAAGGCUCUGUGCCACAUUUGCCUCAUGAUAUUACUAGACCCAAAUGCCAGAACUAAAGUUAUUUUUGCAAAGAAACUCUGACUUUGAAAGGACAAAGACUCCCAUGAGUUCUUCAGAUUUUUCAGCUUGAGGGAGAGAGAACAAUAAUCACUCUAUUCAAAACCAGGAAAAGCAACGAAGUAUCAUGAACAUCAUUUAAGUAUUUUCAUGCUGAUGGACAAUUAAAAGGCUCCUGUCAGAAAGCACAAGUAUCAAUAUCUUGACACUCAAAAGACCAUUUAGUUAUUGACUUGUAAUUAUGAAGAGCCUGUGCCUUAGCUCUUGAACAUGGAUAAACAUAUUUAUAUGUACAUACUAGUGUUGAGGUCUUGUUAUCAAAUCAUAUCAUGAGUAUUUUCUAAGAAACCGUGUUUCUCUUUACCAAAUCUAAAGAAUGGUUUUUGUGACUUAGAGGUCAUGGUCAGUUGACAAUAUGGGGGAAGAAGGAGGGCCUGGGGAAACUAGCUGGACAUAAUGGUGCAGGCUGUCAGCUUCCAAGUGCUAAAAGGUCUUAGGGCAACUGAAAAAAAUAUAUGUUUUGUAUUAAUGCUACUAAUGCUGAUGUUCCAUGUAAGUACCUGCUAUUGUAGUCAGCAUAUACUCAGAAGAGAGAAAGUGCCUUCCGCAACUGAGCAUAAGAGAGGAAGCAGUCAUGACAACCUUAUACUAGAAAUAAUUUAUAUCUGGAACUGUAGAAGUAGAUUCCUCAUGUUCUCUUAUAGGGUUUUGAACAUGUUAUUUCCUUGUCUGUGCUGAGGCUUUAAUCUUUCAUUCACAGUGAACUGUAAUUAUGGUUUAGCCCAAUGCAAAGAUGGAGCAGCAAUAGCAAUCACCAUAUUGGAUUAAUACACAUUAAAUUGUAUUUGUGCUCACUAUAUUCUUCGUUCAUCAUGAUCACUUUGAAGAUUCCUCUCCCCUUUACAACAAUAUCAGUCAUAUAAAAAGGACACAAUUUUUAAUCUGUGUGAAGUUUUAACAUUCUUUAUGUCCUAACUCAAUCAAAAUUGCAAUUCACCCAUUGACAAAAGUUUAAGCAAGUAUGAGAAGAUCCCACUGCUAUUAAGCAUAUUCAAUGUUUACAAUAAAACUGCUGCAAAAUUUCA